GACAUUUAAGGAAUGUAAUCAAAUAACAAGGAGGUACAUAUAUAUUUCGGAGCAUCACUGCUGGAUCGAGUUCAUUUUACCUUUUUUGUUUCCUUUCAGAUUCAUAAUGAAGUUCCUCUUCGUUUAUCAAUGUGUUCUUUUGCUGUGCGCCAUAAGGAGCGGAAGCACCUUUGAGGAGAUAUCGUUGCCAAAGAUACACUUCCUUAUACAACCGAUUUGGGUCAAUAAAACCUAUGAUGAGAGCACAAACGUUUCAAACUACCACAUGCGUUUCCGUGGCCCUUCUGAUACGAGGGAGGAAUUGGGUCUUAUUUCACUGGUUGAAGUGGAAAAAGGAGAUCAAUUGUCCUUAUUCGAAUCAAACGUACAACUUCCGUUACACGAUUAUAUGCUCAUCUCUCUUAAAUCUGCUUCGACCUCUGAUACUUUCAAAAUGAGCAUUGACGGCAAUGCCAAGAGUGGGAGUAAGGUCCAAUUUCCUGGGCAGUUCUGUGAAUUUGAUAUGAUGGGAGAUAUAAGUGAACAAGAAACUGCGUAUUUGGCCUUGGAAAAUGGAUAUUGCGAUUCUAUUCCGGAGGAAGAUCUCAACAUUUUUGUUUACUUUGAAGUUAAUUUUCGAAAAGAUAACCAAAGUUAUCUAUAUAAGGGUAAAGAAGAAGAAGAUAACUUCAAUUUUACAAAGUAUGUAGUAACUAUUGAUGAAAUAGAUGUGGUUUGGCUAUACAUAAACAACAAAAACACACAAGAAGACGGAAUUCAAUGGGACACUCCAUUUAUUUCAACUCUUGUGAUGAAGUAUUCGCCUAUAGCCACUGAACAGGACAUUAUCACUGUAUAUGGCUGGAAAAAGCAGGUCAUGUAAUACAUGUACAUGUGCAUUAUGGGGAUUCAACUUCCCUAGGUUCACGAUCAGAGAACUAGGUCAUAAAUUGGAAGAACCUUUUUUGUCCUGACGC